AUGGCCUCUAGUCACUGGCUGGCGCGUCUCUUCUCCUACUCGUGGACUCUCGGGGCAGUCAUGUGUAAGACCCUAUACUUCCUGCAGGCGCUGUCGGCGAUCUGCUCCGUGCUCACGCUGACUACGAUGAGCAUUGAAAGGUACUACGCCAUCGUGCACCCAAUGAGGGCACAGUACCGCUGCACCAUCUCCCAGGCCAAGAGAUUGUGCGGGGGUCUUUGGCUCCUCUCCCUUGUCCUCGCCUCCCCAGUCACCGUCAUGCAGGUGCACAUGGAGGUGGGCCACCGCGUGCGCGCGUUCUGGUGCGUGCGCGACUGGGACUCCCCGCGGCUGUGGCGAGGCUACGAGACGUACAUGAUGGCGGUGGUGCUGGUGGUGCCCGCCUCGGUGAUGGCCGCGGCGUACACGGCCAUCGGCGGCGCCAUCGUCAGCAUGGUGGCGCGGCGCCGCACCAUCACCAGCAAGGGCCAGAUUGCUGACGGAGGGUCUCUUCUGAAUGACAACACACGGAGGCGACGACGCGAUGCUCAGGACUCGGAGGUGCUUCAGGUGGUGUCGAUGCUGGUGGUGGUGGUGCUGCUGUUCAUCCUGUGCUGGUCCCCCGUCCUGGUGGUCAACGUGCUCAAGGCAUACUCAGUGCUUCCCCUGUACUCCCCGACACUCAAGCACAUCGCUACGGUGGCUGACCUCCUCUCCUACUGCAACAGCUGCGUCAAUCCCUUCGUGUACGGUUUCAUGUCCAAGAACUUCCGUAAGAGCUUCAAGCAGGUGCUGUGUUGCCGCCGCAGCCCGCCCCGCCCCCCAACACACCUGUCCCUCACGCGCACCUCCAUCAUGAGACAUCACAGCGACACCAGCCGAGUGUGGAGCAGCAGAAGUGUGAUAGCCCGAGUCACCUUUCCUCUUAGCUCCAGCAAUGGUCGCAGCAUGCCCACGGAGUCUUCCAUCAUUUACAAGACCACACCCUCAUAG